UGCAGCGAGCGGAGCAGCGGCGAGCGGCUCAUUGACACGUUCACCCACACUCCCACCACCACCACCACCACUACCACCACCACCACCACCACUACUAUAGCCGCGCAGUAAACAGAGCCGGAGAUAUUUCUCAUCCAAGGACAACCCCAGGAAAGUUGAACCAUGCAAUCGAAACCAAUGCUUGCCACAGGCUUGCCACCCGUGUUUCAUUUCUGGAGUAUUUAACAUAUAUAUAUAUCAGUACGUUGAUAAUUUUUAGUAUUCGAUGCAAGCAAACUUAAAGAGAUACUUAUGAGACAAGAGACAGAAUUAGACGCUGGCAUCUUUCGCUCGUGUAGAUUAUUUAUUUCAUCUCUCCACCGUGCCAGCACUGUUGCUUGCUCACUAGAGUAGCUUUGUAGUGAUUUCUUUGCGAGGGCGAUUUGUUUCUUUAGGAAUAUGUGUACCUACUUCGAUUUCCUUUGACUGGUCAACAGCUACCUCAGAAGAAAGAAAACGCUGACCACUGAAGCCCUCUCUUGUUGGAACCGUCGCCAGAAGGAUCAACAGAAGGAUCAGCGAGCGAGAGCCCUGGCGUUUAAGGACCUCAUUGCCACCGGCCAAAUAUCUAACCGUCGGCUAUCUCAACACCUGGGUACAAGCCCAAGACAAUGGUGCACUGUGCAGGAUGCGAGCGGCCCAUAUUGGAUAGGUUUCUAUUGAAUGUCCUGGACCGCGCUUGGCAUGUGAAAUGCGUGCAAUGCUGCGAAUGCAAAUGCAACUUAACGGAGAAAUGCUUUUCGCGAGAAGGGAAACUCUACUGCAAGAACGACUUCUUUCGUCGCUUUGGCACAAAGUGUGCCGGCUGCUAUCAAGGAAUCUCUCCGAGCGAUUUGGUGAGGAGGGCCAGGAAUAAAGUAUUUCACCUGAACUGUUUCACUUGUAUGAUAUGCAACAAACAACUUUCCACCGGGGAAGAACUCUACAUCAUCGACGAAAACAAAUUUGUUUGCAAAGACGAUUUUGUAAACAGCAAUAAUUCGAAAGAGAACGGCUCGCUGUCAGUCACGGCAUGUAGUGAUCAAAGCUUAUCGCCGGAUUCUCAAGAUCACUUACAAGAUGACACAAAAGAUUCAGAGAGCGCCACUGUUUCAGAUAAAGAGACGGCCAACACCGAGGGCGAGGAGCAGAACCUGGGGGCCAAGCGCCGCGGCCCACGCACCACCAUCAAAGCUAAACAGUUGGAAACUCUCAAAGCGGCUUUCGCCGCCACCCCCAAGCCCACCAGGCACAUCCGAGAGCAACUGGCGCAAGAAACCGGGCUGAACAUGAGGGUUAUCCAGGUUUGGUUCCAGAACAGAAGAUCCAAAGAGAGGAGGAUGAAACAGCUGAGCGCUUUAGGUGCCCGCAGACACGCGUUUUUCCGCAGCCCCAGACGGAUGCGCCCCUUAGGAGAUCGUCUCGACGGAGCCGACAUGAUGGGGAACGGCCCUUUCAAUUACUACGGGGAUUACCAGACUGAAUAUUAUGGCCCUGGCAGCAACUACGACUUCUUUCCUCAAGGACCACCUUCCUCUCAAGCUCAGACUCCAAUAGAUCUGGGGUUUGUGCCCUCUUCCGGGCCUGGGGCGACCCCACUCGGCGGGCUGGAGCAUCCACUGCCCGGGCACCACCCGAGCAACCUCUCUGGCCCCGGAGACGGGCAGCGGUUCACCGACAUGAUCUCUCACUCGCACGGGGACUCGCCCAGCCCGGAGCCGGGUUUGACAGGACCGUCAAUGCACACGAUGUCGGCGGAUGUCUUCGGCCCGGGUCCCAGCCCGUCCUUCUCACUCACCAAUGGGGGGUACGCCAACCAUUUGUCACAUCCACCUCCAGAAAUGAACGAGGCUGCUGUUUGGUAACGGAUGAAAAUGGACAGCGCGUCUCCCGUCUCUCUAUCUCUCUCUGUAUCUGCGCUCUGUCCCACCCCAAAGACUAUUCGCCCGCUGCCCGACCCGCUAAGCAAGGAUGAUGCCAAGAUCAUCAACAAAAUUGGACAUCCGCACAUUAAAAACACUAAAACACUAAAACAAACCUCGACAUUUAAACAAAAUUGCAAAUACCACAAACCAGAAGAAAAUUGCAACGACUUAGUGGAGCAAAGAAGAUUUUUUUUUGUACGGGACAGCAUUGUGAGCGGAGAUCUUUUUU